CUUGGAUCCGAGCCGUUGAUGGAUGGCAGGGAUACAACUUGCUUCAGCGGGACCUCUUAAAUUUUGGCAGCACAGCCGACCCUGCCUCCCAGCUUGCGACCAGACCAUCUCGGCCCGGGUGAUUAGUUUCAGAGCUCCCACCCUCAACAAGCUCAAGCAGCAGUACUUGAAGGAUAAGGAUGACGACCAACCAACAACAGCUUCCUCGUACUUCAUCUUUCAACCACCUUUUCGGUGGUGCCAUACUGGAUGGUCUCAAGCUAUCCUCGAUCGUAAUCCCUGGUGGACUGCUGAUCCAUCAACUUCGUCAACACAUGAAGCUAUCCCAAUCCUUGUCAACCUCAGCUCACACUACCGCCUCAGCACCAUUACCACCAUCUUCUUCUUCGACCUUCUCGGCAAGAAGCUCACCAACCUCAAAAAUAAACUCGCUCAACUACCGACUAACGCAUUUCCUCAAAUGGAACGGCCUGUUGACCUUCGGAUUUAGUCUGCUCUAUGCCGCCGUUCUCACCACCUCAUCCUCGUUGAUCCAACACAACAUCAAGCCUCUUUCAACAACAACAACCAGAAACGAUAAGCCAAAGAGUCAACGGAGCUCCCAUUCAAACGACUACUCGGUCAUUGGAGGGACUUUGGGCGGCUUGAUCACAACCACAAUCUUCUGGAAUCGAAGGCUGUUCAGUCUGCUCAGCAUCAUACCCGGGGGGAUCGGCCUCGGCGUCGGUGCUGGUCUCUCGACCGCGUACCUUCAUUCGCUCCAGUCUCGCUCCCCCAAUCAACCUUCUUCGAUUGCUGAUCCUGAACAACAAAAACCUUAAUCGGAUUUUUCUUGUCGCUGUUUCAUACAUAUAAAAAACCCACCCGGGGUGCUGUCGGUUCCCAUCAUGAUCAAAGAAUUAAACUAACAUAAGCGGCUGUAUCAUACGUUUCCUUCCUCUAAAAACCAAUAAACAAAAUGUAAAAGCGUAUAUUUAUGUAUGUAUACAAGACUGUCCAAUUAAUGUUCAAAAGGGUUUAGA